GUGUGACUUUCACUUGCCGAAUUCUGGGUAGCAAGCGAGAGCACAAGCGGAGUCUGGCAAACAUGGCACCGAACCCUAAAAUCAAGUGUGACAAACACAGAGCAAUGGCCAUUUAGUGCAGGGGACCUGCCUUAACGGUAAUGUGAUACCGAGGCACGUGAGUGGCUGCAUGAAGAAAGAGGCCUGUGAAACAUUCAUGAGUAGGACAAGCAACACAAGGCAUUCUCAUUGAGUCACCACAGAAGGUCUGAGCAGAGCUAUGGGGACUGCUGAAGAAACGCUGAAGUGCCCUGCCUGCCAGGAUUUCUUCACAGACCCUGUGAAACUCCCAUGUAGACAUGACUUUUGUCUGAGCUGCAUCCAGGCUGUUUGUGAGGAAGGUCCUCUCUUCUGCCCAGAAUGUCAGAUCCUGCUACCAUCCAACCUCACCCUGGAGAUAGAUGCCAGCCUUCAAAGCAAAGUAAAGGAUUUCAUUAUCAAAUCCUCAACACCGGUGCUACCCACAGAAAUCAAUUCUUCUUCAACUAUCUGCUGUGACCACUGCAUAAAGACGCCAUCAGAAGCUAUUCAGACCUGCCUGACCUGUGAUGCCUCACUAUGCCAAGCUCAUGCCCUGUUGCACCAGCAAAGAUCUGCACUGAGGGAACACACAGUGGUGGAGGUGACACAGGAUCUGCUGUCUUUAAAAUGCAAAGACCACCGUGACGAGCUGAAGCUCUUUUGCUUGGAGGAGCGAGUCCCUGUUUGCUGUUUGUGCGUCCUAGUUGGCGCACACAAGAAUCACAGAGCUGCCCAGCUAAAUGAAGCCUGCACCGAUUUAAAGAGGAUGUUGGAGGCAACUAUGAAACAAUUGCUGCAGAUGAGAUGCGAAGCAGAGAACGCUAUUAAGGACUUGGAGUUCAUGUAUACACAAACAGUGGUACCAUCCAUCCAUCCAUUUUCUCCCGCUUCUCCGGGUCGGGUCGCGGGGGAAGUAGCUUCAGCAGGGAUACCCAGACUUCCCUUUCCUCAGCUACUUCUUCCAGCUCUUCCGGAGGGAUCCCGAGGCAUUCCCAGCCAGCUGAGAGACAUAGUCUCUUCAGCGUGUUCUGGGUCAUCCCCGGGGGCUCUCUCCGGUGGUACCGUUACUAUGUCUGCAGCGGACUUCAGAGAGAGAAUCUCAGACAAGUACAGCAGGAUCCGAGUCGUGCUGGAUGGUGACGAGCGUCUGAUGAUGCAGAUCAUUGACGCAGAGGAGGAAUAUAUGACCGAGUGGCUGGAAGCGCAGAGAGGACACAUGGAGGCUCGCAUCAAGGAAAUCGAUGACCAAAGAGUUUCCAGUAAACUACUCCUACAAGAAGUACACGACUUGAGCUUCAUACAGCAAAUCACCGCACAGAAUCUGUGUGACCCUCCAAAGUUGGCACCCAUUCCGCAGAUAGACAAAGAGCUUUGUGAGCCUGACAAGCUAAGAACAAUAGAGAAGCUGGUGGAUGACCUGUCAGUGGCUCUGUCUCAGCACUUUCCCCGAAUGUGGUCCUAUCUAAGUUGUCCCGCUCUCGACUUGAAAACAGCUCAUCCAAAGCUGAACAUAUCGCGGGAUGGGAGACAAGUGUGCUGGGGAAUGCAACCUGACAGUGAGCCUUCAACCACACAACCAUAUAAUUCCCAAUACAGUGUUUUGUCUCAGAAGAGUUUAAUUACUGGCCACCACUACUGGGAAGUCAUUGUACAGGAGAAACCGUACUGGCUGAUUGGUGUCACCACUGGUCCGGUCCCUGGAGAUCUUGGUCCGAGUCUAGGGCCUUCUGCUUUGAUCGUGAAUAAGACUUCCUGGUGCAUAUACCACGGUGAGGGACAGUACAUGGCUUGCCAUGAUACCCAGGAAAAACAGCUGCAAGUGCGGAAGAAAGUCAGAAAGUUGGGCAUAUUGGCAAAUCUCCCAAAGGGGGAGCUGUCGUUCUACGAUGCAGACACCAUGACCCUGCUCCACUCAUUCUUAGUGAAGUGCAAAAAGCCUCUUUUCCCAAUGUUUAACCCCUGCAUUGAUGUGAAUGGACUGAACAGGCAUCCCCUGACCAUGUUUUGGAUUAAGCACCCCUGGGACUGGAGUGUUGACACAGAUGGCGGUGACAAGUGACUUUGUAAUUUGUUUCGGUAUAAAAAUUAUGGGGCGGCACGGUGGAUCACCUGGUAAAGCGUUGGCCUCACUGUUCUGAGGUCCUGGGUUCAAUCCUGAACCCGCCUGUGUGGAGUUUGCAUGUUCUCCCCGUGCCUGCGUGGGUUUUCACCAGGGACUCCGGUUUUCUCCCACAUCUCAAAAACAUGCAACAUUAAUUGGACAUUCUAAAUUGCCCCUCGGUGUGAUUGUGAGUGCGUCUGUUUGUCUCAAUGUGCCCUGCGAUUGGCUGGCAACCAGUUCAGGGUGCCCAUUGACAGCUGGGAUAGGCUCCAGCACUGACCGUGACCCUCGUGAGGAUAAGCGGCGAAGAAAAUGGAUGGAUGUAUAAAAAUGAUGGUGGUUAGAGGUUGACAAAUCACAAAUCAUGCUGAGAUAGCAUUCGUUUUAGGUUUUAUUUCAGUAUUUUACAUGAUACGAGUCUGUAACCGACACAACAAUAGACUGUAAAAAUAAAGAUUUUAUCCAUUAAUUUUUCUGGGACAAACUACUCUCAUGUGCUGUAGUCCACAAAGUUAAUGACCUGUCCAUUGCUUGCUCUUUUCACUCCAUAAGCCUCAGCACAACACAACACCGAGGUCAGUCGUGCCUUCAGUGUCACAUGUCAGUGUACCCUGCGGAGGUUUUACUUAAUCAAUCCGGAAUAUGUGUGUGAUUCUGCAUUUUUAUGUGUAUUAUUGUUUGCCUUCAUAGAUCAUAAAGAAAUAGCAUUUGUUGGGAUUGUAAUUUGAGGUCUUGCGUCACCAUUUCUUCACUAAUGUUGGAACAAAAUCUAUAUUUCAUAGAAACUGUAUGUGUGUGAACAUGGCCAAAUUUGAACUUUUCAGUUAAACUCAGUUAGACUACAUAAGCAAGUAAUGCAAUAUCGUAGGAUGUUAAUGACUCCGAACGCAUUAUGUAAGUGAAUAUCAUCAUAAGAUGUUAAAUCAUAACCAAAUGUGCAGAACACCCAAGAUGUUAACCUUAUAGUCUAUAACCAGAUUAUCUGUAAUUAAGUUUACAGUAAAAACUAACUAUAUUAGACAAACAAUAAAAAAAUAAACACAUA